UCUAACGUUCUUUAGAGUCCUCGCUCUCGGAAAGCUGAGCACUGGGUGCACAAUGGCAAGCACGAAGCCGAGCCCUCCCACCCUUCAGAAAUCGGGAGCCAUUUCUAAAGGCUACAACUUCGCCUCUACUUGGGAACAGAAUGCUCCUCUAACGGAGCAGCAACAAGAUAACUGUGUCUCAUACGGUUGCGGAGCGGCCUUUUCCUCUCAAUCUGCCACCGGACUAUGUCUCCCACCCCGAUAAUGCCUUGUCCAUCUCUGUUUCCGCUAAAGACUCUUCUCUCCAACAUUCUGGUCCUGCCAUCCAACCGUUCUUGGUCAAUACAAACCAGGUGGAUGACACCCUAGACUUUUUUGAUGAACUACAGCUGCAGCAUCAGGCUGUAGCUACGAAGACUAAAACUCUUCAUGAUGCAUGUGAUCGGCUGGUAAUGGAGAAGCAAAGACUGAUUUAGUUUGCAGAAGCACUUCGUAGUAGGCUCAAGUACUUUGAUGAAUUGGAGAAUGUAAGGGUUGGUGGGUGAGGUUGCGGAUUCCAUCCCUCAUGGUUGGAGGAGUUGUAUUUAUACAGCCAUAAGCUUACAUACUAUUCAGAUAGGAUUGCUUCCAAUUUUUAUUCUUCAAAUAUGAAUGUUGGAAAUGAAAACUUCGUCCCACUGCUCAAGCGGCUUGAUGACUGCAUUUUGUAUGUUGAAAGUAAUCCAGAGUAUUUAGAAUCCAGUGUUUACUUCCUCAAGUUUCGACAACUUCAGUCUCGAGCUCUGGGCAUGAUGCACUCUCUUGUAUUUUCUAUCCUCAAAAGUGCUUCUUCUCAGGUCCAGACAGCAAUUCGAUCUAGUGGCAGCAGCAAAACAGCUGUUUCUGAAGGUGUAGAGGCAUCUGUUAUAUAUGUUCGUUUCAAAGCAGCUGCAAACGAGCUAGUGCUGGAGGGAAUUGAAAGCAGAUCAUCGAGGAAAGAAUAUGUUCAACUUCUUGCAGAAUGCCACAGAUUAUAUUGUGAACAGCGGCUUUCCUUGGUAAGAGGCAUUGUGCAUCAACGGAUAUCUGAAUUUGCCAAGAAAGAGGCCUUGCCAUCAUUAACUAGAUCUGGAUGUACAUAUCUAAUGCAGGUCUAUCAGCUUGAGCAUCAGCUCUUUGAUCAUUUUUUCCCAUCUUCUGAGGACAUUUCAAGUUUGGCUCCCUUAAUAGAUCCCCUGUCUACAUAUUUGUAUGAUAUACUCCGCCCAAAACUUAUUCAUGAAACAAAUCUCGAUUUUCUGUGUGAACUUGUUGAUAUCCUCAAAGCUGAAGUCUUAGGAGAACAGCUAAAUAGGCGGCACAAAUUGUUAGCCGGGCUGCGCCCUACCUUACAAAGAAUUCUAGCAGAUGUUCAUGAGAGGUUGACUUUUCGUGUUCGAACACAUAUUCGUGAUGAGAUAGUGAACUAUUUGCCUUCUGAUGGAGACUUGGAUUACCCUGCGAAGCUGGAACAAUCUGUUGAGAAUGAAUCGGGGACUACUGCUGCUGAUGAAAACCCAGAUGUAUUUAAAACUUGGUAUCCACCACUUGAGAAAACUUUAUCGUUGCUUUCAAAGUUGUAUCGCCUCUUAGAACCUGGAGUUUUCACUGGUUUAGCACAGGAAGCUGUAGAAGUUUGCUCGAUGUCUAUCCAAAAAGCAAGCAAACUGGUUUUAAAGAGAUCAACCCCAAUGAAUGGCCAGCUCUUCCUCAUAAAACAUCUUCUUAUUUUAAGGGAGCAGUAACACACAACGAACUUGAUUUCUCUCAUUUGCUGGAACAUUUAAGACGUAUUCUUAGAGGCCAAGCAUCACUAUUUGACUGGUCAAGAUCAACUUCAUUGGCAAGGACCUUGUCUCCCAGAGUUUUGGAAAGUCAAGUAGAUGCAAAGAAGGUUUGUGAGUUUGCCUUACGACACGACCUUUAUAUGAGUUGUACUGGAUACUCCUUAGUUGACUUGACUACACUGCAAUGUUUUGAGGUUGCCUGUGUUGUAUUUCGAAAGCAAGAGAAUAGAUUAUUUGCUGAUAAAAGGUUAUUGAAAAGAGUAAGUGUACCCCAAAUGAAGGGAUAUAACUUAUGUUCUAGUGAAGUCAAUUCUGGAAUUUAAGUUUUAUAUGCAAAUUUCACUGUAUCUUUCCCUUUGAGCGUUUAAUUAUUAUGCUAUUAGAAUUAACUAGGUGUUCUCUUUCAUAUAUUUCUUUUG